AUUGUCACUGUUCCUCAGGAUUCCGCGAUGAGAUUUAUGAUAGUUGCAACGUCACCAAAUGUUAAAGGUCAAAAAACCAAGACUUUCACGCUAGAUUUCUCGGGUUGCUUCAAUAGACAAUGUGUCCUCGAUUUCGAAAACGAAAGGAAUGACGAUUACGAUUAUGCCCCAAUUGCCAACCCAGGGUCCGAGUGUUUGUUUGGACACCAGGCGGAAUACUUGAAGAAAAUAAAUUAUGAUUGUUACAAUGGCGCCGCUCCACUCAAGGAAAUGGUAAGAAUUGUGAAAAACUGUUCCUGUACCAGAAAUGAUUUCGAGUGUGAUUACAACGGCUGUAAGGCUAAAGACGGCACCUGUAAAUUGGUCGAAGGUUUGGAUCCAUCUGAACCUAGUAAUAUUUGUAAGAAAACAGAUGCCCUAGAAUAUUUCGACCCUACAGGAUAAGAAAAAUUCCGAUGUCAACUUGUGUGAGGGGUUUAGAAUUGGACAAAGCUACCGUGCCAAAGGCAUGUCCAGGGAAAGAAAAAGAGUUUAAUGAAAAAUACAAGGUUAACAGGAUUUCAUUAGUAUUCAUCAUUGGAUUACCGCUUUUUAUUUUUAUCUUCGCCACACGGUUUCUACGAUCGGGGAAUCAAAAGAAAUGGUGGGUUCGCUCGGUUUGGUGAGAUUAGACUAGGUGAUGAAGAGCUAAUUGAAGAAAAUCAAACUGAUCAUGCUGUUAAUGCAAUUCUGAAGUUCGGCGUUUUUGCAUUUACUGUGACGUCCGUGGUAGCUCAAUUUUUCAACCGACAAAGGAAAAUGGCAGUCGAACGAUUAGGAUCUAUAUUUUCUCGCAGUAGAAGUGGCCCCGGCUAUUCUUUGCUCACUAACGAUCAUUUUUUGGGUAGAGCUGACGAAUAAUUAAUUGGCCAU